CUUCGGGCUUACUUUGACGGGUUGACGGCUUCCGGCUUGCUCGUAAUUUACCCCCACCCCCCCUCCUUCUGCUUCUUUUCUACCGUUUACUGUGAGUACAAAAGUCUUAAUGAGAUACCUCACCCGUCUUUCUCUCCGGAACCCAUCCGCUCAGAGACCUUUGGUUCCUAUCUCACGAAUCGCAUAUUCCCCUCGAUUCGCCAUGGCCAGCACAUCGACUGUCUCGCAUAGCAAUGGGAGCAGGCCCAGCACGUGGCAGGGUGCUGGCGCCGCUGAGUUUGAUCUCAGAAGCGAUACCAUGACCAAGCCUACUCCCGCAAUGCUAGAAGCUAUCUGCCAGACCACCCUUCUCGACGACGUCUUCGGUGAAGAUCCGGUAACAAAUGAUCUGGAAGCAUACGUGGCAGAGCGGACGCGGCAUGAAAGUGCUUUACUGGUGAUGUCCGGCACUAUGGGUAACCAGGUGGCUAUCCGCACCCAUCUCAAGGAGCCACCCUACUCAGUGCUGUGUGAUCACCGUGCGCAUAUCUUCUGCUACGAGGCAGGCGGUGUCAGCUCUUUGACUGGUGCGACUGUCCUCCCGGUUGUUCCCAAAAAUGGCACCUACCUUACUCUGGAGGACAUCCAGAAGCAUGCCGUUCUGAGUGACAAUAUCCACUAUUGUCCAACAAAGUUGAUCAGUCUCGAGAACACUCUGGAUGGGAGGGUCAUGCCGCUUGCAGAAGCUCGAAGAAUCACUGAUUGGGCGCAUCAAAACGGCAUCAAGGUGCACCUCGAUGGUGCGAGACUAUGGGAAGCAGUAGUGUCUGGAGCGGGUAGCUUGCCAGAAUACACCACUCUGUUUGAUAGUGUGAGUCUGUGCUUCUCUAAAGGCUUGGGUGCUCCUAUCGGCAGUAUCGUUGUAGGGUCCGCCGAUUUCAUCAAAAAAGCUCGGUGGUUCCGGAAGACCAUUGGGGGUGGGGUGCGUCAAGCGGGAGUACUGGCUGCGGCCGCCCGCGUCGCUGUUGAAGAGACCUUUGGGCCUGACCCUCAUGGCAAACAAGGAAAGCUUCUAGAAUCCCAUCAGAAUGCAAAGAAGGUUGCUCAACUUUGGACUGGCCUGGGUGGCAAGCUCGCCCACCCAGUGGAGACCAACAUGGUCUGGCUGGACCUCGAGGCAUCUGGACUAGGGCCCAACGACCUUUCGACCAUCGCCCAGGAGAAAGGCUUGAAAAUGUCGGGGAAUCGGAUUGUUGUCCACUACCGUAAGUCUUCCUUCCUCCUUGUGAAUCAUCGACAUUUCAGGCCAUAACCUUAAGCAUAGAGGUAUCCACGGACGCUAUCGCUCGCUUGGAACAAGUUUUCAACACGGCAUUGAGUGGAAAAUAUCAACGUAGUACUGAUCCGAGUAAGCCGUACGGCACACGAUAGAUAAAGGCAAAUUGUGGUGCAAAACGGUGCAAAACGGUGCAAGGCGGUGCAUAUUUUCGAGACAUUGUACAUGUAACUAUUAGUAUACUGGACGAGAGCAAAUAUACCUAGGUACCUG